AUGGAGCCUGCAUUAAAACGCGGCAUUGGCGUCCCUUUGUCUGGCUCUUCCUCCCGCGAUGCACGCAAGAGGACCCCUCCGUCGCUGUCAGAUUGCACCAGCGUCUUCGUUGUGGCCCCCGACUCGGAACAGACGUUGUGCGAGAUCCCAACCAACUUGGUGGUGGAUCCGUUUAGGCAAAAGAGGCUGCAUCAUAAGUCCAAGCGUGGCUGUCUCCAAUGCAGAAAGCGGCGAGUAAAGUGCGACGAGAAACUUCCCACAUGCUCGGCGUGCAUCCGUCGACAGGAGCCUUGUAGCUUCAAGCCCGUGAGCCGUAGGAGAGAGAUUGAGAAAUCUGCAGACGUUGUCGACGAGGUGCCUCGGAGUCUCUCACAGCGAUGCGGGCUGGUACUGGAUGAAGUGGAUGAAGCAGUCAACUUGCUACAGAUGAAACUCUUCCAUCACUUCCAGCAUGACACUAUCCCAACACUUCUCUUUCCUUCGGGAGCCUGGAUUAAUGCCCUGCAGCUAUCUUUCAGCUUCCCCUCUCUGAUGCAUGCCAUGCUCUGCGAGUCGGCAAGACAUCUGUCGUAUCUCUUUCCUGAUGAGCAAAAGUAUGCCACAGCGGCCACUACUCAUUUGACAAAGACUUUAAGUAUAUACUGCGAAGAUCUUUCCAGCAAAUUUACACCGUCCAACGUCGACGCAUUCAUGACUACGACUACACUGUUAGUCAUGGACAUGUGGUCCAAUACCGAGUUUGCAGUGCUUGAGCCUGACGGAACCAUGUCGUAUGAUCCGCUCAAAGACCACCUCUUCCAACACAGCGUGGGUAUUCUGCACGUAUUCCUGAACUGUGUUCCCCUUUCCUUGCACAAGCAAUCGUCAUUACUUCCAUACGUCAAGUACAGCUCUCGGACUGUCCUGGUCAAUGCCGCAAAGCUAAGUAGAGAUUCAUUUGACAAGUUCAGGCGGUUCUUUGCGUACGACCGCCCUGUCAGCCCUUCUCUCCUUUCCGUCCCUCUCCCCUUCAUUCGCAAUUCCGACCUCACCCCAGAAAGCUCGUUGGCUGUGGAAAUUCCAAAACUAGCAGAAAUAGGUCCUUCCACGUCCAAAGAAGCAGGCUACUCUCUGAAAGGAUACUAUGGCAUAGUGGAUCGCCUUUGCCUCAUAUUGUCGUUCCUACCAGAGGCGCAAGAUGGGGAAUGCGAGGCUCUGAACCCCGAGUUGAAAAGAAACCUAUCUCGGUAUAUCAUCAUCUUCCCCCUUCUGUGUGACCAGCAGUUUGUGUCGAUGGUGAGGCAUGGAGACCUUCAUGCAAUGGUCUUGUUGUACCACUUUUACCGCGCUGUGAGGAUCCUUGUUCCUUCAACAGAGCAUUGGUGGGCACAAAAGAGAGCUAUUUUGGCAGAGACGGCGAUGGAGCAAUGGAUACUGCGAGAGUGCACCAGAAAUGGGACGGCUGCUGCAGUCAUAGACGAGCAACGUUGA